AUGAGUAACGUGGUCAUCGUCGGCUCGGCGGCCACGUUGGCCUUCACCAUCGCCUCUCUGGUCACCAUGGUGUCUCUGCUUCGGGAAAUUACCGACCUCCAAAUGGAGGUGCAAGUGGGCAUGGACGAGUUCAAGGCAAUCUCCGAUGACACCUGGAAUCGUAUCAUUUCUAAGCAUCUGAACCCCACUGGUGUUUCUGAAGCUCCGCCCACAUUUGCAUCACUCUUUGGACGUCGUCCUCGUGCCGCAGGUUUCCCAGAACAGUGUAACUGCGGAGAGAAAUCUAGGGAUUGCCCACCUGGCCCACCCGGACCGCAAGGACCGAAAGGACCACCCGGAGAGCCGGGAAGAGAUGGCGAAGAUGGUCGACCUGGUACUCCCGGUGUUGCCAUUGCUGUCACCCACAAC